GGGUAAAACGAUAAAACCAGCUUGCUUGGACAAUACUUUUUAUUUGACUCCAGCAAAUUUUAACUCUCAAAGUUACAAGGCUAAAUUACAGGCAAAUUUAGACAACGUACAGUGACUGUGGAAGUUGACUGUUUUAUCCUACUUUUUGUGUUUUUAAGAAGUCUAUUUGAGCAUCUAACUUUGUUUAUUUGCUGUAUUAUGCUGUAAAUAUAGCUCUAAAUAAUCAUAACACAAACUUCAACAAAUAGCACCCCUCUCUUUUUGAAUUAUGUUAAUUCACAGCCACUGUAUAUUUAAGUAAAAAUGUUAAUGAUACAACAAAGGCUUUUAAGAUAUUAUCCUUGUUGCAAAUAAAUAUUUUUCUUUUACCUCUUUAGGAUUGCUGCAAGUUAAAGCACUUGCAUUGAAGGAUGGGACAUUGCAUCUUGAAUUCCAGUGAACUUUCCAUCAUGACCCACUUCCAGCUCCAUCUACAGCAAGGGGGGAGUCGACCUCCAACUCUAGUUAAUUAGUGGACUCUGUAUUUUCUGCCUCCAGAAGAAGAACAGCAGCAUCAAUCUCUCCAAGUGACUAAACAGAUAUCUUCUUUUCAGGACUGAUGCAACUACGUCUGAACCAGACAACUCAGGGAAGUUUGUAGCCAGGAGAAUCUGCAAUGGUAUUAUUUAUUACUACACUCCAAUGACAGCAGCUGAGCACCAGACAGUAAUCCUUGCCAAAGACUCUCAGGCCACAUCAACUCUGUUCCCCAUCUCCUCUCCAGUGUCUUUAGAAACACCUUCCCACACAGCUGUUUCCUCCCAGAUGCAGUCAGAUGCUGCUUCCAAUUCUCGCCCUCUUCUCCUUUUCUUCUCCUGGCUCGGUGCCCAACCUGGGGCCAUAGCAAAGUACAGGGAGCUCUACCUUGAUCGUGGUAUGGAUGUUCUCCUCAUCCAGAGCAGCGUAAUGCACUUUCUGUGGCCUCGAUGGGGCCUCAACUAUGGGUUGGAGAUUUUGAAUAUUUUAGAGGAGCCUCCUUUCACAGGAAGGCUCAUACUGGUGCAUGCUUCUUCCAUUGGUGGCUAUACUUUCACGCAGCUGCUCACCCACAUUGCUCAGCAACACAAACAACAUGCUCCUCUGGCGCAUAGAGUUAUAGGGCACAUUUAUGACAGUCUAGUGGUCGGCUCUCUGGAUCACAUGGCAACAGGGCUUGGGAAGACCUUGGUGCCACGUUUAGAGGGAUUAAUCAAAACCACCGCCAUGCUCUACUUCAGGCUCUUUAAGUCAUACACUGCAGACUUGUAUGAGAACAGCAUCCAGGUUUUCUACAACAGCCCAGUUACUUCUCCAGCCCUCUUCUUCUUUAGUGAAAACGAUGCAAUGUGCAGCCCUGCUGUCCUGGAAAAGCUGAUGGACUUCUGGAGGCGGAGGGGAGUUUCUGUGGACUGCAGGAAGUGGAAGAAGUCAACACAUGCCGCCCACCUGCGAUGCCACCCAGAAGAGUACGUCUCCACAUUGCAGCAGUUUUUGAACUCUCUGUCAGUUCCACAAUCUAACAUUUAAACUGUGUGGCAAAUUGUAAGUUUAAAAUAUUUUCACAACAUGCACUGCUAGUUCAAAGAGAAUGCACUUUAACUAUUUUCAUAUUAUACCUCUGAUUUUCUUUAAAAAUGUAACUGUAAAAUAUUUUCUUCACCUCUAAGCCACCUUUACUUUUGUCAUUGUAAUUGAGGUAACAUUUGAAGUAUUUAUGAAUGUACUGUAACACUUGUUUGUCUUUCACAGUAACUAUUUUAUUUGUUGAUAAAAGUACAUACUGCACAAAUUAAAAAAGUGAGCUUUACAUGUGCAAAUAUUAAUUUUUUGCAUUAUUUCAGACAGUAAAUAGCCUUCACUUUCCUUUAUGACCGUUUAGGUUACUGUGGUGAACAGAUUUCAUUAUUUUAAACCUGUUGGUAUCACCAGUGAGUAAUCUGAAUUGAUAUGAGAGGUAGAGGAGGGUUAGCUGCAGGCCAUUGGUGCAACCAAUGACAGAAUACUAAAGGGGUUUUGUUUCAGUUUACUGAAGUGAGUCCAUUUGGGCGGAGCCUAUAUCAACCAGUGAUAAAAUAGGUCAGAAAUGCAAUGACCAGAUGUACAGAAUAUCAGUCCAUUAGGAUGAGUGUAGAGAUUAUGGUCUUUUGUUCAAUGUAAAAUGCUUCAUUGAGCACAGAUUCAUAAAAUGCACUUCUUUUUUGAGUGAAGAGAAAAGCACACAAAGCACUUUUACACUGGAAAAAAGUGUCGCAAUGAAUUGCAUCUGAAGAUUAUACAUUUUUCUUUAGUUGCUUUGGUUUUUUUAGGCCCAUUUUGAAGCAUUUAAUACAUGUUUGCAAGUUUAUAAGACCCUCGGAUUAUUUAAAUGACGUCACAAUGUCCUGAUGGCACGCUUCUUGUUUGAGCAUUCUAGUCGUUGCUAAUAAAUUCUUUUAAAAAUUUAACUCAUUAAAAUAUUUUUUCCUCUCUCAUUGUAAAUAUAGUAUCCCAAAUCUCUAGCGUCGUCUUGAAGCAUGUUUAUGGUUCAACCAGCACUCGGCAUGAUAUCUUUACCUUCUGUCCUACUGUUAACUGAAUCUGCAAAGUUUCACACAAAGAAGCAUGUUUCUGUUUCUGUACUGAAUAAAUAAGUAAAGGUCAGUUUUGAGCAACAA